AUGGCGCACCGAAUGGAUAGCGUGCCUGCAGAAGAUGCGCGUCGUAUAGAUGCCGCCGCCACGCGUGUGGUCCCAGGGGGAGGAGGCUGGCUGAACCGCAGGAACGAACUACUGGCGGCAAGCGACGAGGACUCUGUGGGAUGCAACGGCGGUGGCGGGAGAAGACUACCAGGUGUGGCUCCGGGCAGUGGCAAGAAGCGGGACGAUGGAGUCACACAGAAGUGCCUUGAUGAGGGCAUUCACCCGAAGUGGUUCAGAGGACUACUGGGCCACUUGGAGAUUGCAGCUACUUUGUUGUUUUGCAGAUGGCUGGAUAGCCAUGAUGAACUCUAUAUAGACUUCGUCGACGCCUGCAUCGACAACCGCGAAGUCUCCACCGCAGCAGGAGCCGGGCUGCACUCUCCAGCCUGGGAUAGCGCAAAUGCAACCAGCGCCGCGAGCGAAGCCGCUGAGGUGGCCGCAGAUCGCAGCGACUGGGAUGGGGAGACCCUGGACCUAGAACCUGAGUGGCUCGGCAAGUGCCGUGACUGUGGCCAGAAGACCUAUGUGGCUGCACAGUCCGCACUGAGGCAGCAUGGUGUGGCAGGCUGCCUGGAUGCGUCCUGCUGGGGCUGCCGUGGUCCCAGGUUUUGCAAGAACUUGAAACGAGCUAGCCAACUUGCGAAGUUCGACAAGGGCAAACCCUGGGAACAUGGCAGGCUGGAUAGCCUAUUGUCUGCCCCUCUUUUGAAGGUCCAAGGCUGCAAAGACUGCAAAGAAGCCAUGCCGGAAAAGUCGCGAAAAGCUGCAGCCUGCAGUGCAGACGGCUCAUGGGUAGAUGUGGAGCCUGCUCCGAAGCAGCAAAAACUUGGAGGACCGAGAGUGAAGUGGGUUGGUGACCUCGCCUUUGUCCAAAAGCCAGAUGACAAAAAAGUGUAUUGCGGCUAUACCCAGAUGGCCGUGGACAUGACUGAGAAGGUGCACUGCUUCACCGGCUGCAAGGGGGAAUGCGAGAACAAAUGGGAAUGCCCUUGCCCUUGCCAUGCUUUGCAACGUGCGUAUGAUGCGUCCUUGGCCGAAGCUGCCAGGGCACAGAUGGCAAAGCAGCAGUCUGAGGAUGUAAAGUAA